UUGGUUCAGCCUUUCUCUUUACUGAUGAGAACAGAACGAAACCAAAAAAGGAAAAGGGAGAAAGAAGAAGAGAGAGAAAGAGACCACUGAAUAGCAGCUCAAACCUCUAUUGUACCUUGAGCAGCAAGCACAAUACGAGAGAAAGAAGAAAAAAGAAAAGAGAAGUAAAGAAGAGGAGGAAGAAAUCAAGAGAGAGAUGUGAGGUUUUGGAACAACAACUGUUUGAUUCUUCCUCAAGCUUUGUGGUUUAGAGGCUCAUGCAAGGGAAAUCUAAGCUAAAUUCGUUGCAUGCAAGCUGAAUUGAAGAUGGAACACCAAAUUAGGAAAUUGAAUUGCAGUGCGGGAAUCUACCCAACUCAAAGAAGUGAUUGUUCUAACCCCGACUACCAGGAACUGGAAUUAUUUUCCUUCAAGGAAGGAAGGAGCAGCAUUUUUCCCAACUUUGGCUGCUACAGGCCUUGGAGAUUGGUUUGGAGGCUUCUUGUAUUCAUCUGGACAGCAGGCUAAUGAAGCUGUUCAGGACCAGCUGUCAGCACUCGAUCAGUGUUACCAGUUUAGUGGUUAUCUUUGGGGCAGGGCUUGUCACCAGCCUAUCCCCUUGUACAUUAAGUGUAUUACCACUUACCCUUGGUUACAUCAGAGCAUUUGGCUCUGGGAAAAGCCGAGCUGAGAUUGUUGGGGAUUCAGUUGCAUUCUCAUUGGGAUUGGCAACAACAUUAGCGAUCUUAGGAAUAACUGCCUCUUUCGCUGGCAAGGCUUAUGGACAGAUUGGGCAGGGGCUACCUGUGGCUGCCUCUGGCUUGGCUGUCAUCAUGGGCUUGAAUCUUCUGGAGAUUAUUGAAAUACAGCUUCCCUCAUUAUUCAACAAUUUUGACCCCCGUGCUGCUGCAGCUAACUUCCCUUCAAGUAAUUCACCCUUCCUUGAUUGGAAGUUUCCUUAGGAAGAACUACUUCCAUUCCUUAAAGAGGGAAAAAAAACAGAGAAUUGAAUUGAAAUGCUAACUUCUGUUUUCCCCCUCAACUCAUAAUUCUUUAGAUUAAGAUGUAAAAGUUGUUUGGGUCUCACAGUUGGCUUUCAGUCCCAAACGUUUCAUUCCUUCUUACACCUAUGGUGUGAGCUUCUACCUCAGCACGAUUUGACAUCAAUGAGGACAGAAUUAAUUACACAGUAUCCACCAAAACAUAUAUGUAUGUGUUGUCUGUCUUCUGCCUCUCCUUACAACUAAAAAACACUCUCUCUCUCUCUCUCUCUCUCUCUCCUUGAUAGCCAUCCACUUUUCUCAUAUUAUAAUUUCCAAAACACCCAAACUUAGGAAGUAUUUAAAUGUGAAUAUGACUAGACUAUACCAAAAUGGGCUUGUUCCAAAACUGAAGCUACAAAUUUUAUAUAAAAAAUCUUUAAAAUGGUAAUGUACUUGAACAAUUAAUUCCUUGUGUACUCUUACACCUUCCACUUGUAUAAUCAAAUCAACCCCAUUUUUAGGUUACUCCAAACAUUUUACUAUCUACAAACAACAUUAUUAUCAAAUUAGAUGGUAUUAAGUGGGUGUUAGUUGCAGUUAAUAUUUUAUGCAUGCAUUCCUCUUUAUCAUAAAUUACUAUUAUUAUUUUUUUUAAAUUGUUUUUCUGUUUACCAGUAUUUAAGAGGUUGCUGGGUGAAUAUGAGUGAGAUUCUAAUUUCAAAGAAAAUCUGGGUAAGAUGCAUUUGAAGUUUUGAACUGAACAUUAAUAGGAACUAGUCGUUAGAAGGAAUAUCCAUACAUCCUUCAUUGAAUUAAAUUUUGGUUGGACUUUAACUGUGGAGCUCUUCUAAAACCAAAAAUAUAGCUUCUCUGUCAUUGUGUGCCUAUGCAUUCCCAAUGGUAAUAAAUAUCUUGGUGUGCGUAAUUAUCGAAUAGCCAUUUCAGGACCCAGCAAGAGAGACUUUACUUUUUUCUCUCUCAUCCCUAAUUGGAAGGUUCAAAGUCUCAGCCCUUCCAAGUCCUUUUCUGUGGAACACUGAGGAUCAGCCCAGAUUGAAUUUUAUUACAGUAGUAUCUCAAUUAAAACUGUGAGUGAACUGCAGAUGCUUGGAAGUAUUAUCUCUAUAUAUUGGUGCCUGUUGGUUCAUCUGUAAGUGGUUUUCUUUCUGAUGAGGAUUAAUCACUAUGGUCUUUAAGUUCAUUGGAUCUUGUGCAGUCAUCCCCUUCCCGGGAUAUUGCUCUUCUUCCAGCUUUUGAUAAGAGGUUUUAUUGUUAAGAGUCAUCUUAUUUUACACAACUAAAUAUUUCUCUCUUUCUUUUCCUUAUUCCAACCCUUGUUUUUCAGUUGAGUUUCUGUUUCCUUCUUGCUUUCUUUAAACUAAUUUUACCUUCAAAAUUACAAAUUGUUGAAGCUUGAAACAGAUGGAAUUUUAUUCAUUCUCCUCAAAUUUAAAACCAACUCAUGUCUGCUUCAAUUCACCAGUUGUGGUCGAAGGGAAGCAAAGUGUGGAGAGAGUAUGGUCACUACAUAGUUUUUUUGCUUGGGAUAUGCCCAAUAUUUUUUUUCGUGGAUGUUUUAUUACAGGGAUUAUUAUUACAAGGAUUUUUUAUGUAAUUAUAAUUAUUUAAAAAAAUAUAUAUACUAUUAACGAUGGGACUAUAUUUCCGUAGUAAAAAUAAUUUUUUAC